GGCGCCAGCGGCGUGGGCAAGACCGCGCUAGUGGUGCGGUUCCUCACGCGGCGCUUCAUCGGCGACUACGAGCGGAACGCGGGUAAUCUUUACAGCAGACAGAUCCAACUAGAUGGAGAGACCCUUGCUAUUCAAGUGCAAGACACACCAGGAAUUCAGAUCCACGAACACACUCCAGAUUGUAAUGAACAGUUGAACAGGUGCAUUCGAUGGGCAGAUGCUGUUGUGAUUGUCUUCUCCAUCACAGAUUAUAAGAGCUAUGAACUGCUUAGUUACCUGCACCAGCACAUUCGACAGUUGCAUCCAGGAAACACUAUCCCUGUUGUCAUUGUAGCAAACAAAGCUGAUCUCUUGCAUAUUAAAGAAGUAGAGCCACAGCAUGGACUUCAAUUGGCCAACGUGCUGGGUUGUGCUUUUUAUGAGGUGUCUGUCAGUGAAAACUAUAAUGAUGUCUUCAAUGCCUUCCAUGUCCUCUGUAAAGAAGUUAGUAAACAACAAAUAACAAGCACCCCUGAGAGAAGAAGAACCUCUCUCAUACCAAGGCCAAAGUCUCCCAACAUGCAGGAUCUGAAGAGAAGAUUCAAGCAAGCUUUGUCUGCUAAAGUGAGGACUGUUACUUCUGUUUGAAAAUAAAGCUUGGUGGGCUUUUGUCUUCCCACCAGUCAGUCUUUAAGGUCCAGCUGUGGAAGGUUAACCACUGGCACUGUAGAGUCCAAGGAACAUGAAUGAAAGAAGCAAGGUUCAGAUGUUCUUUUGAAUCACUGUAGAAAUAAGACGUUAAAGGAGGAAUGAAGUUGAAGCAAGCUUGAACGAGCUCCUGAAAUGGUUCUUGAUCUAAGUGGUAGAACACACAUAUCUUUGUUUUGAAACAGAACUUUUCAAUGAGUAAAACAAUCUUGUCUGUCUCUCCUGUGGUGGGACAAGCUUGGCUUGAUGUUUUGUAUGACCAUGUAUCCCUUGAACUGUAACUCAACCAUAGAUGGGUGACAGAGAAAUCCUCAUGAAUUUUUUUUUUAAAGCUUACUGAUUUGGAAGUAACCACUUACCUUAGCUUGUUUUCAGAAGUGAAUGAGGGACAGCAUGACAUGGCUCUCUGUGUUCUUAUUGUGUAGUACAGUCUUACCAAUGUAUUUUAAAGCACAAAUACAAACUUGCUUUGUGAAGUAAGUGUUAAAUGAGUGCAUGUGACUGGGUUUCAUGACUAUAAACAGUGCUACUCUUUUUACUAGCUAUGUUAAUGACAGCUUGACUGGACUUUUUGUACACAGAUCUGUUAUGCACAGGGUGUAAACGUACUUUUAUUACAAUAACUUGUUUUUUACUGUAUGAAAAAUACUGUUCAGAUUCACUUUCAAAUGUGCUCAACUGAUAAAGCACUGUGGCUUUCCCAUCCAAGUGCUGAAUGAUAGCCCUUAACUGCCAGUUGAAACUCUUAAUUUCCCUUGCUCUUUUUUCUAUGGACCAGACAUAGAAAGAGUCAUUGUUUAUGGAUUCAGUUUGUAGAUGAUAAACAUUGCUGGUUCUGGGUAAUGAAGCUGAGUUUGUUGUCAGCUGAGACCCUACUCUUUACACACAUGGCAGACUUACACAUUUUUACUUUGAGCCAGUGGAGUUUGAGUUCAUGGGUGAAAGGCCUUAUACAAAUGCACUUUAAAAAACAGUUGUACUUUUGCUUAAACUGUAAUUUAUUUAUUUUGUGUACAACCGCUCCUUACAUGGAGCAGACUCUUCACUCCUAGUCUGUUUCAGUAUUAAAUUGUUUUUUGAAAUCCA